UCCUGAACAAGUCUUGUGAAGAACACCUUGCGAGAGCUUUGUCCAAGGGAUGCCCUAAGUCUAAAAUGACUUGAAGGAGCACAGCACUGACAAAAACAAGAAGUGAAGAAAUAUUUUUCAAGCUAUAUACCUGUGUAACCAAAGGGGAAAGGGAAGAUUGUGCUGUAAAAAGGGGAAAGAGUCCAGAAGGCUAAAGCAAUACAAAGACUGAGAAGAGGAGAUCCUGUGCUGUUCAGGAGUUCAUAUCUGUGAGCUUCUAUCAUAUUUGGAUCAUAAAUAUAAAAGAAUGGAAAAUGCAUUACAUUGCGAUCUGAGACCACAGGCAGUGGAGAAGCUAGAGAAGUGUAUGGUAUGUGGUAAAGAUUUCAGUGGGAGAAGUUCUCUUGUUAAACAUCAGCGGACUCACACAGGAGAGAAGCCAUAUCACUGCACGGAAUGUGGAAAGAGCUUCAGUCGGAGUGGACAUCUCCUUACCCAUCAAAGGGCCCACACUGGGGAGAAGCCAUAUCAAUGCAUGGAAUGUGGAAAGAGCUUCAGUCGGAGUGACAAACUCUAUGCUCAUCGGAGGACCCACACAGGGGAUAAGCCCUAUGAAUGCACGGAAUGUGGGAAAAGCUACAGUCACCGCGGGGAUCUCCAUUCCCAUCAAAGGACCCACACAGGGGAGAAGCCAUAUGAAUGCAUGGAAUGUGGAAAGAGCUUCAGUCGGAAUGGAUAUCUCCUUACCCAUCAAAGGACCCACACAGGAGAGAAGCCAUAUCAAUGUAUGGAAUGUGGAAAGAGCUUUGGUCACAGUGGAGAUCUGCGUUGCCAUCAAAGAACCCACACAGGAGAGAAGCCAUAUGAAUGCGUGGAAUGUGGAAAGAGCUUCAGUCACAGUGGAUAUCUCCUUACCCAUCAAAGGACUCACACAGGAGAGAAGCCAUAUAAAUGCAUGGAAUGUGGGAAAAGCUUCAAUCAGAGUGGACAUCUCCGUUCCCAUGAAAGAACACACACAGGAGAGAAGCCAUAUCAGUGCACAGAAUGUGGAAAGAGCUUCGGUCGGAGUGGACAUCUCCAUUCCCAUCAAAGUACCCACACAGGAGAGAAACCACAUAAAGGCAUGGAAUCAUAGAAUCAUUGAGUUGGAAGGCGUCUGCACUGGGGGGGGGGGAACCCCGUCUCCUCCACCCCCUGAGAGGCCACCUUCCCGUUCUUUCCAUUAAAGCACCGGAGGGGAUAACUGAUCCACGAAGCAGAUGAGGACAUUGGAGUC